GUUAGAUUACCAAAGUGCAAUUGUGUGCUACGGGUUAAAAUUAAAAUGGUCACGUUAGAGUUUAGAAGCGUAAGCACGCUGCAGUCUACGCACCUUGACUGACAGGCAGGCUCCAACCACAGGGGCGGGGCCGCCUCAAGUCUUCUGCUCACGGGGUUGGAGAUGACAGACGAAACAUUUCGCCACCGUCGUCGUCAGCGAAGAACCUUCCGCCGUUGCCAUGAGCAGUCCGGCCGCUCAACGAUGACCCGGUACCGCGCUGGACGCCGCGUGGAGCCCGCCUGCUUCUUAGCCGUGACUUGUUUGCUCAGCGCUGGCUGUGCUUCUCCGCUCGCACUCGAGCCACAGGUGUUUUUGGAAAAAUAUGGCUACCUUCGUGACGACAACUUCAUCCACAAUGCAGUUGAGAUGCGGUCAGCAAUCCGUGUGGUACAAGCCCCGAAGGUUCUGUAAAACCACACUCCACCGCAAACCUCUCCUGAACCCUCUAUGAACCCUCCAAGAAUUUCAGGAACCUCGCCUUCAGGCCUGCAGGCUUGACUGUACGGUAAUGAAAACAGAUUUAACAUGCUCACAGGUAGGCCUAGACUUAGGUUCAGUUCGUCAACUAUGCAGUUGAUGUUUGGCCGUAGGGUGCGUUCAGGUGCACUAUGCCACUGUGGUCCCUGGAUUUAACAUUUUUGCAUUAGUCUCUCAGUUUAUUAAUCUUGACUAUCCGCAGGCCCAUCUGUUGUUUGUGUGUGAAGCUUGACCCAAUGACUCAAAGUGAUUGAAUUAUGACUUAAAUGUCUUUUUUUUUUUUUUUUUUUAUUAAAACAAUUUUUUUUAAGCAUGAUUUCAACUCAUGGUUCUGAAAACUGUGUUUUACAUGCUCGCUGAAACCUCACAAUAAGCUCACCUUAGAAACACAGGACAGCAUACUGGUUGCAUUAGUUUCCCACAUUUUACAUAUUUUACACCAGAAAAAUCUCCCGGCACACCAGCAAACAACGUAAAAAAAAAAAAAAAAAAAAAAAAAAAAAAAAAAAGGUUUGUCUCUGACGUGUGUUAGUUACUUCCCCGUGGAAAAUUUUGGUUGAAUUCUAAAUUACACUGUAGAAGCUGUCCAUCCAUUUUCUACAGCGCUUGUCCCCACGAGGGUCGUCCGUAAACCGGAGGCUUUUAUCCCGAGCCGAGAUUCUAACCCAGGACCUCAGAACAAUGAUGCAAGCCAUGGUAACCACUAAUCCCCCGUGCUGUCCCCACCCUAACGUGUUAUUUCAAAAUGGCAGCUCCAAAACGUGUGUGAGGAAUUCAACAGUAUGCAAACAUUUGGCCUCUCUUCUUCUCAGGGAGUUCCAGUGGUUGUCUCGUCUACCUGUGACAGGUGAAUUAGACAGCGCCACCCUGAGGCAGAUGGCCGAACCGCGCUGUGGCGUGUCGGAUGAGGGCAGCCAGCAGGUGUGGGCUCAGAGGGUAAACAUCAUCUUCACUGCGAGGAGUUCCGCUGCAGCACUGCCGUGGCGCCGCAGGAAGCGCUCCGCGGGAAAAGCUGACAAGUGGUACAAGCAUCACCUGUCCUACCAGAUCGUGAACUGGCCCCGCCACUUGUCUCUGGGCUCAGUGCGACUGGCAGUGAGCGCCGCUUUCCAGCUGUGGAGCAACGUGUCAGGCCUGGCCUUCCGGGAGGCCCCUGAAGGGCCCGCAGACAUCCGCCUGGCCUUUUACGAGGGGGACCACAACGACGGUGCCGGCAACGCCUUUGACGGGCCAGGGGGAACUCUGGCUCACGCCUUCCUGCCCCGCCGAGGAGAAGCCCACUUUGACAAGGCCGAGAGGUGGACCCUAAUCGGACAUAAGGGCCACAAUCUGUUCAUGGUGAUGGCCCACGAGAUUGGACACACUCUGGGUCUGGAGCACUCGCCCGUGCGUCACGCUCUCAUGUCGCCGUACUACAGGAAGCUGGGUCGCAGUCUGGUCAUGAGCUGGGACGACAUCCUGGCCGUGCAGCAGCUGUACGGUAAGCCGGCAGGUGAUCGGCUUGUGCGUCUGCCGGGUGAGGUGUUGCACGCCGUGCUGCAGGAGUGGGAGUUCAUGGAUGUCCACAACGGGCACGAGGGCGGCCUGCCUCUCUACUGCCAGUCUGGCGUGUUUGACGCCAUAACUCUCGACCCGAACGGGACCGUGCUGGUGUUCCGAGGCAGCGUGUACUGGAGCGUGUCGGCUGAGGGGAGCGUGAGCAGCCCGCAUCCUCUUCGCCAGCGUUGGGCUGACCUCCCGGCGGCCAUCGAGGCCGCUGCCUUCUCACCGCUGAACGCAAAGUGGUACUUCUUUAGAGGGAAGCGCAUAUGGCGCUACACGGAACAAGUGCUUGACACCGGCUUCCCCCGUCAGAGCACUGAUGUGGGCCUACCUCGCCACCCGGACUGCGCCUUCUUCUACGCCCCUUUGGGACAAAUGGUACUGCUCAAGGGGUCUCGCUACUUCGUCCUCAACUUGCAAACCUUUAGCAGAGAGCCUUACUACCCCCGCAAGCUGAAAGACUGGACUGGUGUGCCACAGGGUACCAACGGGGCGCUGAGCCGGCCUGACGGGCGCCUCUACCUUUUCAGGGAGCGCCACUUCUGGAGGUUUGACCCGGUAAAAGUGCGGGUCACUAGAGUGGGCCAGUGGUCCAAAGAGCUGAGUUGGACUGGUUGUAGUGAAGCUCCUCGAAGCAAUGACAUCCUUUGACCAGUAGAGGGAGCUGCUUUAUCUUUUGCAGGGGCACGAGAAGGGACGCUCAGUUACCACUGUACUGUUUUUCCAUUUGAUAGUUUUAUAUUUAUAGCCUAAAAGUGUUUUUUAUAGCAUUAUUUACUGUAAAUAUGACUUUAAUACUGUAUUAGCGUACUUUAGUGAUAGACUAGGAACACAACUCUGUCGUGAAUCGAGGCCCCCCAGCACAUAAAGACUUCAGGAUAAAACCCAACCUUGGUUUACACUUUAUAAAUGCAAUACGUUUAUUCCCCUCAAUUUUUUUUCUUUUUUUGGUGAGAACCAACCCCCAAAGCGCUAAGUAGCAGUUUAUCCCCAGUUAUUCAAUAUUUUUUGGUGUUUAAAAAAAAAACAUUGUUUUUCAAUGCAUCGGCUAGGGGAGGGGGGGGUUUAUGUGUCUAAUGUAAAAAGCCAGUUAAUAUUACUCUAUAAGGAUGUGCAAUUGUAGCCAUGUUUGAACAACAGUGUUGACUGGGAAUUUAAGUGAACAUACGAAUUGCUACAAUAUCACAUCACUCAUUAGUAUUUGAAAGCUUUUAAUUUGAUGAGCAUGUCUAACACUAGAUUGUUGAUGUUGAAGAAUUUGACACGGCUGAGCAAAUCUAAACGUCAACAGCCGGGUGGACCACAACAUCGAUCAGGUCUGGUUUUGAAGGCCGAGAAGUAGCACUUUGAAAAACACUGGAUAGGAGUUGUCAGGACAAUUUUUGCGCAACCACUUUGUCAUAACAAAUAAAUAAAAAGUGUUUUUUGGAACAAUACAGUAUAUCAUACACCCAGAAAGUUGGUCACCAGGUGCAAUUUCCCCCCCACACAAUUUACAGUUCACAUCUUGUAAACAUACAAAUAAUACCAUUUAUUAGGUGUAAGAACAAAUACUGGAGGAAAGGAUUUUUUUGGUGGGCCAAAUAUUGAUGCUAUUCAUCAUACUUUCAGACACAGCUUCCAUCUUAAGACUUUUUUUUUUUUUUGAUAAAGAGUUAAGAAAAUACUUCAUAGUCACAGAAUAACACAUUCAAACGCAUCAUUAGUUCGAUCUACCUAGAGACACAAAACACUUGAACAUGUAAAUCUGUCCGCUUAUCCUCACGAGGGUCGCGGCCUGCAGGUGAGCUGGAGCCUAUCCCAGCUGACUUCAAGGAAGAAAAAGUGUACACCCUGGACUGGUUGCCGCAUACAGUACAAACAAACACACAUU